AUGUGCUUCCCUCGGAUGCUGCGGGCUACCGUGGGCUACCUGGAUGCUGGGAAGCUCGUCUUUGCGGAUGAGAUCGCUCGGCGAUCGUCGGAAACCCUUUGGACCAGGAGAGGAGAAUGCACACCGCUUGGACCUGGUCACGGAGCAGGCAGCAAGACUAGAGCAUAUGUGGGUGAUCGCACUGACCUUGCUGACCGUGUGCAUCUGGCAUGCGCGGCACGACGCGCAGCACGGGGUGCAGUCCCCGCCGGGAAGCUGCUGCGCUUCUACUCACAGUACUGGCUCUACCGCUCGAGCCAUUCCUAUGUGUACGGCGCUUUUCCGUCGAUGCGGAAAGUCUGGGUUGUCUACGUGUUGUACGUGAGGACUGAAGCAAGAGCAUUUGCAAAGAUUUGGCCUGCUUCGCGCUGCCCCUAG